AUGCUUCAUAACAAGUUACAAGAACUUAGCAUGCAUGUUAGCGAUUUUAUUUGUCAGUCAAUUAGAUAUCUCAAACUUUCAGAGUAUGAAUAUCAUAUAAAUGAUCUGCUUCCUAAUGAUUCACAUAUUAAACUUAAAUAUACCAAAGCCUAUGUUAUUAUUUAUCCAGGUUUAAAUCGAGAUGGUUGGUGGAUAUGCAAUGAUUUUAUUAAUCAACUAACUAAACAUGCUAUACCAAUAUUUGAACGAAUGCACUCUAAUAAAAUAGCACUAUUUAUGUUUGAUAAUAGUAGUAAUUAUGUAAGACCUAAAAGAAUUCGACAAGUACUUGAAGAAUGUGAUUUAUGGGUACAAGGUCUUAUAAAAUGGUGUAAUGUAAUUGAAGCAGCCGAUCAUAUUUGCUAUUGUGAACUUAACUAUAUUGAAUCUUUUUGGGCUGAAACAAAAUGUAUUGUAAGACUUAAUUGUGAUUAUAGCUUUAGAGGCCUCAAAAGAACUAUUCUAAGAGCAUUAAACUCUGUUAGUUUAAUAAAGAUUUGUCACUUUGCUUGUCGUUCUGAACGCUUUAUGAGUGUUUAUAAACUUGGAUUUUCUGGAAAGGCUGCUGUUUUUGCAGAACAAGUUCUUGGAGCUGGCGUUUUGGAUUUUUUUUCAGGUGAACUUUGUCUUUUGGUUCUUGAAAUUGUGAUUUUGAUAUUCUUUUCAGUAGAUUUUUUGAUA